AAUUAGCAGUACACAAUAUAAAUAUUUAUUUUGCAUGCCUAUCGAUCAUCAUAAAGCGAACAUGAGUGAAAAAUAAAACAUCAAAUUUAUAUAAAUAAAUAUGUAAUGUUUUUUGUUAAAUUUUAAAAAAUGGUGUCAAUAAUAAAUUUUUAGUUGACAUUUGAAUAAAAAUGUGAAAUGAUUUUAAAAAUAAUUUUAUGUGAAUUCGAACAUUUAAAGUGAAUGAUUCUGCUAAAAAAAAAUAUAUAUAUACAUUGGUAUACUUAUUAUUAAAAAUGAUUAUAUCACUGAAGAGAUUUUUACGAAAAUGUCCAAUAAGAUUUACAAGAAAUUUACCAUGGAAACAGGGGGUUAUUUUUUUAGCUCAUGUAUUUUUAUAUUUAAUUAUCUAUUGGCUUUAUGGAGUCAUUUUUACAUUGUUUUUUAUAUUUUGUAUUGAAACGACAGAAAUUUUAUACAAAUUAGAAGACGUGUUCGUUUAUCAUCCAGUAAUUCCUACUCAUUCACGUAUUUAUGUACCAUCACCAUCAAUGUUUAAUUUACCAUAUCAAACAGUUUACAUACAUUCUAAGGAUGGUACGAUAUUGCACACAUUUUUCAUAUCACAACCUGGGGAAGAAGCUAAACAAUCACCGACAAUUCUUUAUCUUCAUGGCAAUGCUGGCAAUAUUGGUCACAGACUUAUAAACGUAGCAGGACUAUAUCAUAAAGUUAAAUGUAAUAUAUUAGUACUAGAAUAUCGUGGCUACGGUUUUUCUCAAGGCACACCAACAGAAUCUGGUCUCUACAUGGAUGCUCAAGCUGGUCUAGAUUAUUUAUUAAGUCGUAAUGAUAUCAAUACCAAUGAAAUAAUUGUAUUUGGUAGAUCACUAGGAGGAGCAAUAGCUAUUGAUCUGGCUGCUAAUUACAAUACACAAAGAAUAUGGUGCCUUAUUUUAGAGAAUACAUUUACCAGUAUUCCAGAAAUGGCCUCUGUUUUAAUUGGUUACAAGUUUAUUAAAUAUUUACCGCUUUUUUUUUACAAAAACAAAUUUAUGUCUACAGAUAAAGUUACGUCUAUAAAUGUGCCAACGUUAUUUGUAUCUGGUUCCGCGGACACUUUGGUACCUCCGCGUAUGAUGAUUGAACUUUACAAUAAAUGUAAAUGUAAUUACAAAAAAUUGAUAACUAUUUCUGGUGGUACGCACAAUGAAACGUGGAAUCAAACAGAUUAUUAUCAACGUUUAGUGACAUUUAUAAACCAAUUGAGAGAAAAACCGUGUACUCUAGAUGAUAAUACUUGUCAUUACCUCAUUGACGAUAUUUAA